AUGUUCCUCUCGUUUUCGUCCGCCACCGUUUCGUCCAGGAACGGUAACUGUGCUGUCGCUUUCCUCGCUCAAUUUCCAACUGAUUACCCCGUUUUCAAGGCUUCCCUAGCUGCACCUACCGAUAGGCCUGCUUCGAUCCAUCGCGUCUCUGAAGAUAUCCUAAAAGAAAUCUUUACUAGCUUGAUUAACAGCCUGAUUCUUGCUGUGGACGACUAUCAUGGUGACCACUUUCCGUACAGCAUGCUCACUAUCUCUCAUGUGUGUGUCCAUUGGAGAGACGUAGCAUAUUCCCUCGCUUCCUUGUGGUGUUUUAUCUUUAUUCCAUUUCGAUACUUGAUAAAAAGAGACGAGGACUACCAAGAAACCCGGGAGGUUGAAGUAUCGAUUCCCGCAGCGCUUAUCGAGUUUUCUCUUCGGCGUGCAAAGGAGGGCCCAUUGUCUGUUUUCCUGUUCCGGAUGCACGAUGACAUGCUGAAGACAGGACAACCUAGAAAAAAUCACACGUUUGCUGUCAUGUCAUCACUCCGUUCUACGGCGCCUCGCUGGCGCGAACUCUACAUAUCUAUCAUUCCCUCUGGAUUCAAAGAUUUUUACAAGAUCUUCCAAGGACUAAAAAACCUUUCAUCUCCCGAACGACUAACCUGCGUAAAGCCCUUCGACGUAUGGGAAUUUCGUGCAUUCCUCACCGCCGUGAACCUUCGCUGGUUAGAUCUCGGAGAAUACGUCCGUCCAAAGCAACCUGUUUCGUUCCCUCACACCAAAUCCUCCACCUCAUUCUUCGAACGUUCGAUCUUGAGUACACGGCCGUAUUCCCCAAUGUCAUCGAUGUGA